AUGCGCGUUCUCGGGAUCAAUUCAGUCUAUCAUGAGUCGGCCGCGGCAUUGCUCGUCGACGGACAAAUCGUUGCAGCAGCCGAAGAGGAACGUUUCUCCCGCGUCAAACACGCCAAACCGGCGAGAGUUGACAAUGCUGACGAACUGCCUCUCGAAAGCAUUCGGUAUUGUCUUGAAUACGCCGCCGUUCGGCCCGAGGACAUUGAUGCGAUUGCCUAUUCCUUCGACCCCGAUCUACGGGCCCGAGAGUUCAGCAUAGAUGACCAAAGCGAGGCCGGGGAUUUUGGGACGGAAGCAGGCGAGAAGACUUUCCUGUCCCAUCUUCGUUCAGUCCCCGACGCAUUGUUGGCUGCUCACUUCGGCCGAGCCGAACAGCGGUUGACCUUCAUUCCGCAUCAUCUMUCUCACGCCGCCUCCACUUUCUACCCAUCGCGGGUCGAAGACGCCGCCAUCCUCGUCGCGGAUGGCAUUGGAGAGGCUUCUUGCACGUUGCUCGCGCGGGGCGACAAGAAUGGCAUCACCAUCUUGCGGGAGAUUCCAUUCCCCCAUUCCAUCGGCUUCAUCUGGGAGAAAAUCAGCAAGUACCUCGGAUUCUCCGAAUAUGACGCCUGCAAAGUGAUGGGUCUUGCGGCCUAUGGCGACGCGGCAAAGUUCAAGGAUGCCUUUUCACACCUCAUGCGGGUUGAUGAGAGCGUCAACGGAUACGCCGUCGACAAGACGACAGCCAACUUCCGCUUGCCUGAUUUUGACGGCAUUGAGACUCUGUUUGGGCCCGCCCGCAAGCCAGAUGCACCGCUUGAGAGCCAUCACUACGAUGUGGCCGCCGCUCUUCAAGUCGCCACCGACGAGGCUCUUCUCGCCCUUGCAAGGGAACUCCGCCAGCUGGUUGAUUCCGACAACUUGUGCCUUGCGGGCGGCGUUGCACUGAACUGUGUGAGCAACAUGGUCCUCAAAGAAGCCGGAAUCUUCUCCAACAUCUUCAUUCCGUCGGCUCCCCAUGACGCAGGCACGGCCAUGGGUGCCGCACUUGAACUGAAUCAGCGCCUAGGUGGUCCGGCAAAUCGCGCCUCUGACACACCCUACCUCGGCCCAGCGUAUGACGACGCCUCCAUCGUCGCAGCAUUCGCGGCCGCUGGGCUGUCGCCGGAGCUGUCCAGCUCGCCGGCCCUCGAGGCUGCCCAGAUGAUUGCGGCAGGCAAGAUUGUGGCAUGGUUCCAGGGCCGAAUGGAGUUUGGCCCCCGAGCUCUGGGCAACCGCUCGUUGCUGGCCGAUCCGCGAAGCACUUUGACACGCGAAAUGCUCAACGUCAAAGUGAAGCAUCGCGAAACGUUCCGUCCUUUCGCGCCCAGCGUUCUGGCCGAGUCGGCGGGGGAGUGGUUUGAGCUUGGCCACCCCUCUCCGAGCUACGACUUUAUGCUCUUCGCUUGCCAAGCCGCCGCCGGCCGCGGAGAACAAGUACCCGCCGUUUUACAUGAAGACGGAACGGCGCGUGUCCAGUUGGUUCAUCGGGAGGCCAAUCCCGCAUUYCACGAACUCAUUUCUCAUUUCGCAGACUUGACGGGGGUCCCGAUGGUGCUUAACACGUCCUUUAAUGACAGUGAGCCGAUUGUCUGCACCCCGACCGACGCUAUUGCCACAUUCAGGAAGACGCGCAUCGAUGCCCUCUUCAUAGGUAGCAGAUUUGUCACUCGCGAAAGUAAAGAUUGA